AGGACAGGUAGCUCCUUCCUGGAAUCCAGUAGAAUGGGACAGGAUUUCUUUCUUCACUAAAGGACUCCACAGAUACAUGGAACGAUCACUGUAUUGUCCUUUCCAAUUUUCAGUCACAAGACGGAACCAGUUGGCAAUGAAGUGAGAAAGCAGCUUUGAAUGGAGAGAUAUUUUCCUCUUGAUAAAUUGUUCUUCAAGUCACAUUCGGAUGAAGGGCAAUGAAGGUUGUACAGAUAACUAACUGGGCUGUAACAAAUGUACUGCAGAACUGCAUUUGAACCAAGAAGCCAAAUCUCCUGAACACAAAUGAUUUAAAGAUGAUUAGAAAGCACCUUUGUGCAGAGUUAGUAACACCUUGGUCUCUUCUCCGAAUGACCCAGGAACUGCAGCUAUUUUAUUGGUAACCCAGGUGAUGCAGCCAGUCACUAGAAGCCCUCUCCAGCUCAGAGGUGUGGCACACACAAAAGCCAGGUGUGCAGCCCGAGAAGCCCAAAGUCAUGGAUCUCCAGGUAUUUGUGCCUCUUCAUUAUUGGAAGUCAUUGCUAUUGCUGUUGGUCCUUGCAUGUUCCGAAGUAUCUUCUGACUUGAAUGAAUCCACAAAUUCCUCUGGCCAGCAAGUACCUGGUGCUUGGUUCGCGGCUUCUAGCUCAGAGCCAGGUGAAAGGAUAUCUGUUUUUGAACUGGAUUAUGACCAUGUGCAAAUUCCAUAUGAGGUCACCCUUUGGAUACUUUUAGCAUCCCUUGCCAAAAUCGGCUUCCAUCUUUACCACAGGCUGCCAGGCCUCAUGCCAGAGAGCUGUCUCCUCAUCAUCGUGGGGGCUCUGGUGGGCAGCAUCAUCUUCGGCACUGACCACAAGUCACCCCCGGUUAUGGACUCGAGCAUCUACUUCUUGUAUCUCCUUCCACCCAUUGUGCUGGAGAGCGGCUACUUCAUGCCCACCCGUCCCUUCUUUGAGAACAUCGGCUCCAUCCUAUGGUGGGCAGGCCUCGGGGCUCUGAUCAACGCCUUCGGCAUCGGCCUCUCCCUCUACUUCGUCUGCCGGAUCCAGGCCUUUGGCCUCGGUGACAUCAGCCUGCUGCAGAAUCUGCUGUUCGGCAGCCUGAUCUCGGCUGUGGACCCUGUGGCUGUGCUGGCCGUAUUUGAGGAGGCCCGCGUGAAUGAGCAACUCUACAUGAUGAUCUUCGGAGAGGCCCUUCUCAAUGAUGGCAUCAGUGUGGUCUUAUACAAUAUCUUAAUCGCCUUCACAAAGAUGCAUAAAUUUGAAGACAUUGAACCUGUCGACAUUUUGGCUGGAUGUGCUCGAUUCGUCAUCGUGGGGUGUGGGGGAGUAUUUUUUGGCAUCAUUUUUGGAUUUAUUUCUGCAUUUAUCACCCGUUUCACUCAGAACAUCUCUGCAAUCGAACCACUCAUCGUCUUCAUGUUCAGCUAUCUGUCUUACUUAGCAGCUGAAACGCUCUAUCUCUCUGGCAUCCUGGCGAUCACAGCCUGUGCAGUGACAAUGAAAAAGUAUGUAGAAGAGAAUGUAUCCCAAACAUCCUACACUACCAUCAAGUACUUCAUGAAGAUGCUGAGCAGUGUCAGCGAGACCUUGAUCUUCAUCUUCAUGGGUGUGUCCACCAUUGGGAAGAACCAUGAGUGGAACUGGGCCUUCAUCUGCUUCACAUUGGUCUUCUGCCAGAUAUGGAGAGCUAUCAGUGUAUUUGCUCUCUUCUAUGUCAGUAACCAGUUUCGGACUUUCCCCUUCUCCAUCAAAGACCAGUUCAUAAUUUUCUACAGUGGUGUGCGAGGAGCUGGGAGUUUUUCUCUUGCAUUUUUGCUUCCUCUGCCUCUUUUCCCUAGGAAGAAACUGUUUGUCACUGCCACUUUAGUAGUUAUCUACUUUACUGUGUUUUUUCAGGGAAUCACAAUUGGCCCUCUGGUCAGGUACCUGGAUGUCAGAAAGACCAAUAAAAAAGAAUCCAUCAAUGAAGAACUUCAUAUUCGGUUGAUGGAUCAUUUGAAAGCUGGAAUUGAAGAUGUGUGUGGGCAAUGGAGCCACUACCAAGUGAGAGACAAGUUUAAGAAAUUUGAUCAUAGGUAUCUACGGAAAAUCCUAAUUCGAAAGAACCAGCCCAAAUCAAGCAUUGUUUCUCUGUAUAAGAAGCUGGAAAUGAAGCAAGCUAUUGAGAUGGUAGAAACUGGGAUACUAACGUCAACAGCUUUUUCCAUACCCCAUCAGACCCGGAGAAUACAGAGAAUCAAGCGUCUUUCCCCUGAAGAUGUGGAGUCCAUGAGAGACAUUCUGACACACAACAUGUACCAAGUUCGACAAAGGACCCUGUCUUACAACAAAUACAACCUCAAACCCCAAUCAAGUGACAAGCAGGCUAAAGAGAUUCUGAUCCGCCGCCAGAACACCUUGAGAGAGAGCAUGAGGAAAGGCCACAGCUUGCCUUGGGAAAAGCCGGCUGGCACCAAAAACAUUCGCUACCUCUCCUUCCCCUACAGCCAUCCUCAUCCAGCAAGGAGAGAAGCGAGGGUAGAAGAAUCCAUAGAUGAUGAUGACGGCAGCGAUCCAGGAUACCCAUCCAUUAUGUUUAGUUCACACUCCCGAACAGGAUCCCUUCAGGAAAGACGACUGACACAAGAAAUGAUCCCAAUGAAGAGCUUACACAGAGGAGGGAAGGCAUAUAAUUUUGGCUACCAAAGCAACAGCAGCCACGAAGUGCAUGAUGGCAGAAGCAGGAGGCUGUUUUUGAGGCCUAAGCCCCUGUUCUAUGCAGUGGAUGAAGAGUAUGAAUCUGCAGGGGACAGAGAGGAGGAGGCUUCAGCCAUUCAUUCCAGAUGGACAACUGAGUACCGGCACGGCAGGGAACACUACAAGUCCCACAGUCCUUUGCUCCAAAGAAAAUAAUUCUGUCCAUCAGAUUGCUUCUGUAUCUUUCAAGAGUCUAUUAUUGGGUUAGAAGAAUUUCUAGAGUUCAAAAUAAGAGCUAUUGAGUUUGUUUCAUGAAGCUAUUGGACAUGUGUAUAUAACAAUCAAGAAAGAUAUUUUUCAUAGGACUGGGAGCAAACUUGAAGACUGAGCUCUAUUCUUAACUGGUGGCCCUUUGACAGAUGAAUUCCUGGUGAGUGAGAGAAGUUAACCACCUCUGGAAUUAGUCACCAGGAAUUCCUAAGAACUGUUCAAAACUAG